UGUCUAUAUAAUAUGAGAAAUCUAUAAAAAAAAUCAAUCGAUCUACCCAAGCAAUCAUUAAAAGUAACUGUCAUAAUCUGAAUCCAUCACAAAAAUCGAAACCAAAUAUAAUAAAGCCAAAACAGAAUGUUGAACAGUACGACAGUAGAUCUUGAGUACAGUAAAGGGUGGCUGGGGAAAUAUAACAUCAGUUUAGAUCCUGAAUACAGGAAGGUUUGUUAUAAAGAGCCUCGAAAGCCAAGGAAAUUAGCACCAAAGACUGAGCUUCCAAAACGUGAAUAUUAUAGAGACUUCAAAACAGGCAGUUCCUAUUUGGGAGAAUGGAAUGCCAUUGAAAUGAACGGCCGUGGAAGGUAUACCUUCCCUCAUGGUGUUGUUUACGAAGGUGAAAUGAAAAAUGGAGAAUUUCAUGGUGAAGGAAAGCUAACCUAUCCAAAAGGUCAGUCUAUCACUGGUACCUUCAAAAAUGGCGAAAUGAUAUACUGGGAGUUUUCUUUCGGUCAAGAUCAAGGUUGCUCGCUGAAAAACUACUGCAAAUUUCCAGAUAGAAGGUAUAUGAGCACGAUCAAAAGCGAUUUUUUGCCUCCUGGAAAAGAAAGGAUAACUGAACGACAACCUGAAAGGAUUAUACCUGAGGGACAUUACGAUGUGGAAGAUGGUUUUUAUAACCCAAAAACUGGAUGGAUCUACAGUGCUCCAUCCUUCUCGCAGAAAAAAGGACCAGUUCUGAUCCGUAUGCCACUCAGGUCUGUAAAACCUAUAGACCCCAAAGCCUACCUUCCAGAUGGUACUUCCUUCAUCAAAGAUGUACCAUUUGUGCCGGUGUACCAAGAUGAAAAAUUCAUCGAAAGACAUUGCCGUAAGGCUUGGGAUGAAACAACCGGAUAUAGGCCAGACUUGUACGAGAAGUGGAUGAGUGGGAGAACGAAAGAAAUGGAGAGAUAUAGAAAAAAAUUCGAUUUUGUGGGUGGUGCGCAGAAGGUGGAUUCCAAUUGUCUGAAGAUGAUGGAAUUUUUUAGGAUAGUUGGGGAGAAUCGAAGAAAAGAAAUGGAGAACUAGGUGUAUUUAUAUCUAUAUUGUUGUAAUAGUAUAAGUUUUAAAUUAUAUUAUAUAUGUUUCGAAUAAACGAGUAUUAUACACAUACAAAAACUUUCAAACCAUUUUUUUUCUAACGUACCUAAGCCCCGAAAAUAUUCGAAUAUUUUUGGGAUCUCCUGUAUUUUGAGAAUUCAAACGAAAUUUUAAUUAGCAGAAGGUCACAUGACGUUCUUCCAAUAAAAAGUGUGAACGAUAGCGAAGAAUUACAACAUAUUCGUCCAGUUUGAUAUCAGCUUCAGUGUUAGAAGAACAGACCAAUAGCCAUAAUGGAUUUCCGCUAUUCAGGAUUUUUCGUCAUCCUUUCUCUUGUUCUUAUUCUGACUUCCGCAACUGAAACAGAAGCUGAAAGUAAAGACGUUCAUUACGUUUCUUGUUCACCACCUAAGUAUAAAUGCUGCGAAAAACCGGCAACGAUAACACAUGAAAGUACUACGUGUUUACGUGAAGAUAACACCCCUGGUAUUUGUUGUAAUCCGGAAGCAGAUGAAGGUGAUUCCUCUUUUGGGGUGUUCGAAGUAACCUUCGAAAAUGGCACUGAAGUCAAAGCUAUCUCUAACAAAGGCAAGGAAGAACUAGAAAAAUCACUCUCCGAUAUUGAGAAAACUAUCGAGAAGAAUAAGAAAAUGAGAGAAGAAGAAACAAAAACUGAUACAACAUAAACUUCUAUUGAUGCACCCAUAUAUGUGUUGUUACUUAAAUAUUUGUUUUCGUAUUCGUAUUUUUAUAGAUACUCAUCUGACUAUUUGUAGGAUUCAUUUGAAAUUUUAAUAAAAAUAUUGAAGAAGCAUCGAAA